CUGUUUCGGUGUCUGUUCCCUUCUUUCCCAAACUCUGAAAAACCCUUCUUGUUCUCUCGCGCUCUCUCUAUUUCUCUCUCUCUCCGCCUACAAUGGCUACCGGCGACAAACCCCACUCCAACACCGGCGACAAGAGUAAGAAGAGGAGACAACGCUAUCUCCCUCAAAACAAACCAGUGAAGAAGAAAGGUGCGUACCCUUUGAAACCUGGAGUUCAAGGCUUCUUCAUCACCUGCGAUGGCGGACGAGAGCAUCAAGCUGCUCAUGAAGCUCUCAACGUCAUUGAUUCUUUCUUUGAGGAGCUAAUGAAUGGGAAAGACUCGGAAGUAAAGCCUUCAGGGUUAACUGAAAGUGCUUCAAACAAAAAAAUUACUUUUUCAUACAGUGACGAGGAAGACGAUGAUGAUGAGGAUCAUGACAGUGAUGAUGGUGAUGAAGAGGAAACUAAAGACGAGGGAAAAAAGGAGGAGGGAAGUGAGAGCAACAAGAACGGUGUGGCUGAAGAAAGAGUAGCCAGUGAAAAGUCAUGUGAAGAGAAACAUGCGGUAGAAAACGUUAAUAAUGAGAACGAUGAAGAUCUGGGAAAACAAAAGAACGAAAGUGAGGAGGAGCCUCCGGUAAAGAAGCAGUGUCUUGAGACCAAUACAUCUGAUGACGUAAAACCUGAAAAAACUGAGGAGAAGUCUAUUGAUAAGUUGAUUGAAGCUGAACUUCAAGAACUUGGAGACAAGACUAAGAGGCGUUUUAUGAAGUUAGAUCCGGGUUGCAAUGGUCUAGUCUUCAUCCAAAUGAGAAGGAGAGAUGGUGACCCGAAGCCGAAGGAGAUUGUGCAGCACAUGAUGACAUCUGCUGCUGCAACAAGAAAGCAUAUGUCGAGGUUCAUCUUAAGAGUUCUGCCGAUGGAAGUGUCGUGUUAUGCAUCAGAGGACGAAAUUUCAAGAGCCAUAAAACCUCUCGUAGAAGAGUAUUUUCCCGUUGAGACCGAUAGUCCACGCAAGUUUGCUGUAUUGUACGGGGCUCGGGCCAACACGGGUAUUGAUAGGAUGAAAAUUAUAAACACGGUUGCAAAAUCUGUCCCCGCUCCUCACAAAGUUGAUUUGAGCAGUCCGGACAUUACAGUCGUGGUCGAAAUUGUCAAGACGGUGUGCUUGAUCGGGGUUGUGGAGAAGUACAAGGAGUUGGCAAAGUAUAACCUCAGACAGCUUACCUCGACGGCCAAGUGAGAAACUCUCCAUCUGCUUUAAGUUGAUGUUUCGGACAAGAAUGCUUUCUUCUUUGCGCGUCUAAUAAUCAUAAUCAUAUUCUGCUUUACUUAUUUGUACUAACAUCGUAUUACACUUUUGUAAUUAGAUUUCGUGUUUUUUCGAAUAUUCCUAAAUUUGACAUUACAGUUACUUCACGGCCACGUGAUAAUAUUUGUACGAGGUAAUUUGCUCGAAAACAAA